AUGUCGUCAUACGGUUUUAAGGCUCCUGCGAUGUCGCGCGAGGUCAUCGCAGAGCUCGAGCGCAAAUACAAACAAGCUACACCGGUCCGCGAAGGUGUGGUGAAGGUGCCCCCCAAGGAGGUCGACGUUUGCGGCGUCUCCAGCCCGGAUCAGCACGCGAUUCAUAUUGCGACACCACCCAAACAACCCGACACUGAUACAGAUAAACCCGUAGACAAGUCCGCCAUUUUGGAAAAGCUGACGGCCAACACUCCGAACUUGUCACCGGGCUUCAGGUUGAUCGCCGACGCCAAGGUUUGCCUAAAGGGCAACAACCAGAGCCCCGACGCGCUUCACCGUCGUGGAGUGUAG